UCACCUUAGUUUAAUUAACCACACCAAAAAGCCAAUAGGUUUUUUCACCUAUAAAUUAGUCCUUUCCUCCAUUCUUUGUCUUUGACAACCCUUAGAAAACCAACACAAAUCUUAUACCCCCUUUUUAUUCAUUUUCUCCUACGAUUUGGAGUCUCACACAUCUCUCUCCCAAAAUCCCAAAUCCCAAAUCUCAAAAACAACCCAUCAUCCCCUAAAAACUUUCCUACCCUAUAUUUCUACUUCUUUUUAAUAACCCACAAAAUCAAAACCCUAAAUCUAGGGUGUGGGAAUAGAAAAGAAGAGAAAAGAAAAGAAAAGGAAUAAGAAAAGAAAGAGAAAAAAAAUCCAUUCUUUAAAAAGCCCUCUUCUUUGCCUUCCAAGUUCCAAAUAGAAAUUGACCAAAACAAAAAUCCAGUCUUUACUCAAACCAAUAUUCUCAGGGUCCCUUCUUCCAUUUGGUCUAACACUUUCUCCUCAGCAAAAAGAAAUACACAAAUACAAAAACAGACCAAACCAAAUCAAAGCUAAUUCAAUUCGUCAAAUUAAACAGGUAUGUCCUUUUCUUUUCUCUUACCCCAAUACCCCUAAACUACUCCUACUCAUAGCAAUAGAAUUAUACCAGAAAAUUUUUAUUAUCAUCUUUGGUUUUUCUUUUCUCUAUUUUUCUUUUUGGGAAUUUUCGUUUUCAAUUUUUCUUUUUUUCCUUUCUGUCAAUUGGGUUUUUGCUAGAGAAGGGCCUGUUAAGGAAAAAAACCCAACCUUUGGUUCCUCUGGCUCGUCUCCCUCCCUGUAGCCACUCUCUCUCUAACGUAGAGAGAGAAAAGAGCGGCACUUGAAUUUAUGGGCUCCUAAAUUUUCUCUAUUGGAAAACUCAGAUUAAAAACUUCCCGCCUAAACCAAGAAGAAAACUUCCAUCUUCUAUGGUGCCCAUUGAUUUAGGUUGCUAGUUUUGAGGACCAAAAACCCAUUUGUUUCUAGUUUUUUCUUUUUUUUCCCACGCACAAACACUCAGUACACUCGUACUUUCUGAAACUCUGUUGAUUUUUUCUGUGUUUUAAUCACUUGAAAUGGUGUUUUAUGCGUAGUGUGGUGUGGGUAUCAUCGAUGUGUCGAAUGCUUUGCUUUUUUUGGGUUUGAAUUCAGAAAUUAAUGGCAGGCUGGUUGAAAAGAGUUGAUGGGUCUCGUCCAGAGAGCUUUGAAGUUCACCCAAACGUAGAAGUAAGGAAACCCUUAUCGGAUCAAGACCCAGUUGAAGCGGAAGAUGAUUUUUACAGCCAAAAGCUCAAAUCUUUGUUUGAUGAGGUUUUGGCUGUAUUCCUUGAGGCAUUUCGCGGUGCUUGCUUUUUCAGGCCAAUGCCACCGGUAAUUGGUGAGGGUGAAUCAGUAGAUUUGUUGAAACUGUAUCUGAAAGUUAAAGAAAGAGGUGGGUUUGAAAAGGUUUCGGAAACUGGACAAUGGGAUUGUGUAGCUAGGGAAUGCGGGUUUGAUUCUGUUGUUGGUUCGUCUUUGAAGUUGGUGUAUGUUCAGUACUUGGGUUUAUUGAGUAGGUAUCUGGAGAAGGUUAUUCUCAAGGAAAAGGAUCUUAACAACAGAGGGAUAGAAGAACAGAGUAGUUCAGGGCUUUUGUGUAGGUUACUGAUGGAUGUAGAGUCUGAUUUGAAGGGACGUUUUUCUGGAAUUUCCCAUAAGAAAGAAAAAGAUGUGGAGCUUCUGGAUGUGAUCAAAACUGAAUUAGGAUUUGGAAUGGAUGGUAAGUUGCACGGGUUAAAUGACCAUGGAGGCUUUGUAAAAUUGACUGGAGGUACUGACAUUUUAGAGAAAAAGGGUUUCGUUCAGGAAGCUGAAAAGGGUAGAGAUGAGGAUAUUUCUAAAGGAGAGGGAGGUACUGAUGUUGGAGACCUACAUUUUGUAAUUGACAUUGGUCAAGUAAAAAGAGAUGAUGAUGCUGUUACAGCAGUAGAUUCUAUUGGUGGCACCGAAGAUGGUUUUGGCAGAAAGAGGAAACCAGAAAAUUCAUGCAGAAUGCUAGAUUGGAUUCAUAAUGUUGCCAUGGAUCCUUGUAACCCAGCGAUUGGUUCGAUGCCAGAUAGUUCAAAGUGGAAAUACUAUGCAAGUGAUUUAGUCUGGAAGCAGGUUUUGCUGGCUCGGGAGGCAAUGCUGUCAAAAAGAAAGAACGAGUCAAGUGAUCAUCAAGCAACUUUGCAGAAAAAGCAAAAGAUGCAUCCAACCAUGUAUGAUGAUCAAUGUGAGAAGCCGAGAUUCAGCAAGAGGAUACUUGAAGCCAAGGCUCCUUCGAGAAAAACAAAAGCUCGGACGUAUGUUGAGACAUCUUCCUCCGGCACUUUGAGUGAUGAUGAUCUUGCUGGGUCACAGUCUGAUUCCUCUUGGGAAGCAGAUCCAAAGUUUGUCGGUGGAAGUCGUCGUCGAGAGAAGCGAGUUCCUAUUGGAAGCAGCUUCCAAGCUGAUAUUCCAGAAUGGACUGGGAAGGCUUCUUCUGAAAAUAGUGAUUCCAAGUGGUUAGGUACCAGAUUGUGGCCGCUUGAUAAAGCAGAACAAACAAGAAACUUAAUUGAACGAGAACGUAUUGGGAAAGGAAGGCAGGAUUCUUGCGGUUGCCAAUUUCCAGUUUCCUUGGAAUGCAUCCGGUUUCAUAUAUCUGAGAAAAGGGCGAGAUUGAAACUUGAGUUGGGACUAGCCUUUUACAGUUCGAGAAUUGACCAAAUGGGGGAAGAAUUUGCAUCCUCGUGGACGAAGGAAGACGAAAAGAAAUUCCACAAUAUAGUGGAAACAAACCCAUCAUAUCUUGGCAAGUUUUUCUGGCAGGAAAUUGUCAAAUCUUUUCCUAACAAAAGUAGUAAAACAUUGGUUAGCUACUAUUACAAUGUGUACCUUCUCCGGCGCAGAGGUCAGCAAAACAGGAUUGCACCUCAUGAUAUCAACAGUGAUGACGACGAGUCGGGUCCCAGGUACAAUACAGCUAUCUCCCCUGGUUCCAUCUUUUGUUCCCCUAAGAAGCCAGCAUGAAUGUCCAGUAGGCUAGAAAGGAAUAUUGGUAUAGAGGCACAGUGGUAUUUUGUUCAAAAGAUGUAUAGUGCAGAAAGUUCCUUUUACGGGUUGAUUCAAUUUGUUCAGCUAGUUAGUCUGAAUCUUUUUUUACUCCGGGAAGAGUUUUGUACUCUUCAAUAUAGGAAUGUAGGAUUUCAUGGAAGGACCAUGGGCGCAGGGAACGUCUACCUACCUUUUGUGGUGAAACAUACAGUCAAAUCAAAACUCGAAAUUUUUUUUAUGUUUAAAUUCUUCUGUUUGUUGAUUUUUUCUCUUAAGUAGUGUUGCUAG